GGACCUGGACCGGGAUCGGGACCGGGAUCGGGAUCGGGGACCCCCGGCCCGGCCGCGGAGCCCGGAGCGGCUCCGACGUUCCCUGGGAUCGGGAAUCGCGGCCGGGAAUCACCGGAGCGGGAACGGGCUCGGGCGGUGACCUCGGUGGCCCCGGAAAGAGCGCGCACCUUCCUCCUCAUCCUCCUCCUCCUCCUCCUCCUCUUCCUCGUGCCCGACUUCCUCUUCCUCCCCUGGGCACGGAACCGUCGGGCGGCGGCGGCUGCGACACCGCGGGGACAUCGCGGCACUGGCGGCAAUCCCGGGACAUCGCGGCGCUCACGGCAUUCCCGGGACACCCUUGGGACUGA